GCGCAGUGGCCUCGCGGCGGCGGCGGCGACCCCAGAGCCGGAAGGGGCGCGCUUUGGGGCCGCUGGCUGGGCCGCUGGCCGGCUCCUGGGUCAUGUCGGCUCAGGGGGACUGCGAGUUCCUGGUGCAGCGAGCCCGGGAGCUGGUGCCGCACGAUCUGUGGGCGGCCAAGGCAUGGCUGAUCACGGCCCGCAGCCUUUACCCUGCCGACUUUAACAUCCAGUAUGAGAUGUACACGAUCGAACGGAACGCGGAGCGCACGGCCACGGCGGGGAGGCUGCUCUAUGACAUGUUUGUGAAUUUCCCGGACCAGCCGGUGGUGUGGAGAGAAAUCAGCAUCAUCACAUCCGCACUGAGGAACGACUUGCAGGAUAAGCAAACCCAGUUUUUAAGAAGUUUGUUUGAAACCCUGCCGGGCCGGGUCCAGUGCGAGAUGUUACUGAAGGUCACCGAGCAGUGCUUCAACACCCUGGAGCGCUCUGAAAUGCUCCUGCUGCUGCUGCGGCGCUUCCCUGAGACCGUGGUGCAGCACGGGGUCGGCCUGGGGGAGGCGCUGCUCGAGGCGGAAACCAUUGAAGAGCAGGAGUCUCCUGUGAACUGCUUUAGAAAGCUGUUUGUGUGUGAUGUCCUUCCUCUGAUAAUCAACAACCAUGAUGUCCGGUUGCCGGCUAAUUUAUUGUAUAAAUACUUGAACAAGGCAGCUGAGUUUUAUAUCAACUACGUCACCAGGUCUCCUCAGACAGAAACCCAGCAUUCAGGCACCCAGGACACAUCCGACCUAGUGUCGCCCAGCAAGCGCAGCUCCCAGAAGUACGUCAUAGAAGGGCUGACAGAAAAGUCCUCGCAGAUCACGGACCCCUGGGAGAGGCUGUUUAAGAUCCUGAACGUGGUCGGAGUGAGAUGCGAGUGGCAGAUGGACAAGGGAAGACGGAGCUAUGGUGACAUUUUGCACAGAAUGAAGGAUCUCUGCCGAUACGUGACCAACUUUGAUAACGAAACAAACGCCAAGUACAAAAACCAGGUGGUCUAUUCCACCAUGCUAGUCUUCUUUAAGAACGCAUUCCAGUAUGUCAGCAACAUCCAGCCGUCUCUCUUCCAAGGUCCCAACGCCUCCAGCCAGGUUCCGCUGGUUCUGCUCGAAGACGUCUCCAACGUGUACGGCGACGUGGAAAUGGACCGUACCAAACACGUGCACAAGAAGAGGAAGCUGGCUGAGGGAAGAGAAAAAACCAUGAGUUCAGAUGACGAAGAAUGUUCCACCAAAGGCAGGAAUCGUCACAUUGUGGUCAACAAAGCAGAACUCGCCAACUCGGCAGAAGCGCUGGAGAGCUUCAAGUUGGCCAGGGAGAGCUGGGAGCUGCUCUAUUCCCUGGAAUUUCUGGACAAAGAAUUUACACGAAUCUGCUUGGCCUGGAAGACGGACACCUGGCUGUGGCUGAGGAUCUUCCUGACGGACAUGAUCAUCUACCAGGGUCAGUAUAAAAAGGCCAUCGCCAGCCUGCACCACUUGGCGGCUCUCCAGGGAUCGCUUCCGCAGCCGCAGGUGGCGGGCCAGGGCACCUUGGAGCACCAGAGAGCCCUCAUCCAGCUGGCCACCUGCCACUUUGCGCUGGGGGAAUGCAGGCUGACGUGUGAGAAGGUGCUGGACCUGAUGUGCCACAUGGUGCUGCCCGCCCAGGACUCAGGCAAGCCACAGGAAGAGCCCUCCAAGGCCAAGGCCAAGUUCAGGAAAGGUUCGGAUCUGAAGCUCGUGCCCUGUACCAGCAAGGCCAUUAUGCCGUACUGCCUGCACUUGAUGCUGGCCUGCUUUAAGCUUCGAGCGUUCACGGACAGCAGGGACGACAUGGCGCUGGGCCACGUGGUGGUGCUGCUGCAGCAGGAGUGGCCGCGGGGCGAGAGCCUCUUCCUGAAGGCCGUCAGCAAGAUCUGCCAGCAGGGCAACUUCCAGUACGAGAACUUCUUCAACUACGUCACCAAUAUUGACAUGCUGGAGGAGUUUGCCUACUUAAGGACUCAGGAAGGUGGGAAAAUCCAUCUGGAAUUGCUGCCCAACCAAGGAAUGCUGAUCAAGCCUGCGAGCCCUCCCGUGGGGUUACUGCAGCAGGACUCCUUCCCUGUGCUGCUGCCCAGCAUACAGACUGCUGACAGGCACCACACGGUCACCCGCGGCAUCACCAAGGGCGUCAAGGAGGACUUCCGGCUGGCCAUGGAGCGCCAGGUGUCGCGCUGUGGGGAGAACCUCAUGGUGGUGCUGCACAGGUUCUGUGUCAACGAGAAGAUCUUGCUGCUGCAGAGCCUGUCCUGAGCCAGAGA